GAUCUUCUGCCGUGGGUGCGCGAUCUGGACGUGGCGCGCCUGCUCAUCGUGGGCCGGGACGGAGGCCGCAGCGACCGCGUGCCGUCGGUGGACGCCUUCGAGCUGCUUCCGCUGGAAGACUAUGUCGACUGGCGCGAUACCCUGCGCGCCACGCUCCAAGUGGGCGAGGCCGGCGGGCUCAAGCAGAAACUGACUACGACGCCGCUGCCCUACAGCCUGUUCCCCGCCCUCUACCAGGAGGUCGCGGUGAUGCAUGCCGAGGGCAACACGCAAAAUGCGGCGAAGGGCCUCGAGUGGCUGGCCAGGUUCGUCGACCAGCAGUACCCGACCACGCUCGGCACCAACCGGAAGGAGUGGGCCAAGCUGGCCUCGUGCUACGUGUCCGACAACUGGGCGCUCGAGCGCUGGCUCAUCACUCGGGAGACGUCGUACGGGACCAUGGCCACCUUCUCGCUGCUGUCGCACCUAGCCGCUGUAGUGGGCAGACUCGGCGAGCGGGCCUCGCCGCUACACCAACUGCUCUUCGCGCCGCAGUCGCAGUCGGCUUGCUUCCUCCCGUCCAUGCCCGACGACCCACGCCAGCGGAUUGCCCGCGACUACAUGCAAAAGCCCGGAUACGUCUAUCUGGGCACCUGCAAUCACGUCUAUCUUGUGCCGCCCUGCGGUUUGCCCAUGAAUAUCGAGUCGUGCGGCGUCGACGGCUGUGCUGUCCAAGUUGGAGGCACCGGCCACAUCCCGCUUCCGGGCCAUGUGCUUCUCAUGGUGCCUGGCAACCCGCCCAACACGCGCGGCUUCCCGGUCACCGCGCGCGAUGUGACCGAGCUCACCGACCAGACGCCCAAGGCCUACUGCCCGCUCACGCUGCUGGAGAACGCUACCUGGCGCGUCCGCGACUGCGCCUCCGCGACCGCCUUCUGGCUUCUGCGCUUCCUGGUCGACGCCACGCUGCUCUUGAGCACCCUCGCCAACUUUGGCGGCCGGUCCAAGGCCGACGCGCUCGCCCUCGCCGCAGCAGAUAUGGGUAACACCGUGAACGAGUACUACUACGACGAGCGGCUGGGCCAGUCGUGGAAGCAGCUGAGCAGCCUGGUGGCGGCCAACCAGGAGGACGCCCUGCUCCUGGUCCACUGGACCCUCGACGCGUUGGCCUCGACCGCGCCGCUGGCCGGCGACUACUCUCGGCUCGACACGCUGGCCAAGCGCCAGGAGUGGGAGCGCUGGGCACUGGCCGCGACCAGCGGGCUCGCCGACGCGGGACUCGCGGUCGCCAAGCUGCGCGAGCUCAAGGUGCGGCUGCAGCAGGAGGCCACGCCCGAACAGAAGCAGGUGCUCGAGGCCGUGACGGAGACCGUCGACUCCGACCUGGCGCAGGGCCACAACGACGGCGCCUACCGGGCGAACAACCGCCCGGCGCUCUGGCGAAUGCGCACGACCGUGACGGUGGACGACUUCAAGCGGCGCUUCGUCGCCGACGCCCAGGCGCUGGCCGAGUGUCCCAAGAUGGCGCUGCUCGUGACCGAGGAGGAGAAGCUGCGCUGCAUCGCCUCGCUGCCCGACAUCCUGGCCUGGAAGACCGCUGUCGAGCAACACUUCAACAAGCGCAUCGACAAGCAGACGGCCGAGACGCGGACCGUGGGCCAGAUCCUGCAAGAGCUGUCGCCCGAACAGCGCCGGGAGUGGGGCGCACUCUUCCACCGCUUCGCUGCGGGCUGGAACCUGGCGCGCGAGUUCGUCCAGAAGCACCACGGCGAGGACAUCACACUUAUCGAGAUGAACGAACGCGUGCCGCUGGUGUAUUCGCUCAACACGCUGGUGGGCGAAGGGGCGCAGGGUGUGGCCCUGGUCAAGUGGCUGAUCAAGAAGCACAAUGAUGUCGUCGUCCGGAUGCACCGCGUUCUGGCUGAGGCGGCCGACGCCGCCGACGCCGCGCUAGACGCACAAGCAGCGGACGAGGCCUACCGGGCGAAGAUGCGGCGCUUCGGCGAGAUCCCGCUCCAUCUGGUCCGCACGACGCACAUGCUGCAGCCGUUCCCCGCGCACGGGAGCAUCACGCGCGUGCUGCAGCUGUCGGCCCACAGAUCCUACGCCUACGGCAAGGGCCAGCACACGGUCUACGACUACGCGCGCGUCGAGGAGUUCCUCUUCGGCGAGUGCGUCCACGGCCGACCGCUCAUCAAUGCCGACCCCACCCAGCUGCGGAUGGUGAGCUUCCUCAAUGAGGCCGGCGUCAAUGGCCUGCUCAAGCAGAUCGAGGCCGCGGUCAGCCCGCAGCGCGAGCUAUCGGAGGAGGUCCAGCGCCGCAUCAAGCAGGAACUUAACAGCCCUGAGCUCGCCCAGCGGUGCCUGCGCGCGUGCGAGAUGUGUCUCAACUUCCUCCGCACCUCCGGCGGCGACCCGCGCCAGUCGCUGGUCGAGUACGCCCACGAGGUGCUGCUCAUCAACUGCCACGACGAAGCGAGCGGCCUCCACUUCGGCUUCCUAGGCGAUCGCCGCGGCGACGCGGUGUGUUUGGCCCACGUCAACGCCCUCUGGCGGCUGCUGCACAAGCUGGUCUACCCGGACCAGUUCAGUGCCCUGGCGGCCAAGUACCGCGAGAAGCUGCCGGCCAAGUUGCAGCCCAGAUUCAGCCGCUACUGCAUGAGCCUCAAACCUGGAACAAGGGCGCUGCUGGCCGACACGCUCGAGGCCUUCGUGCGGGACAACCUUCUCGAGGAGGAAACGCGCCGUCCCGACGCCGGCGCCAAGGAGGAGUUCAUCGGCAAGCUGCUGACCAACAACGACUGGCGCGCGGCGAUGGACAUGGCGCCGCUCGACCUGCCCGAGCUGCUCGAGUUCACGGACAGCAUGCCCCACUUCCCUAACGACCUCAAGCUCAAGCACUGCUUCGACGCCUUCCGCGUGGCCCGCCAACUCGCCGUCAAGGCCUAA